GUCGGAUAAAAUGAUUGUUCCUGAGGAGGUACAGAGAAACGAACACAGGCGACAAUCUCUGGUCCUGGAUAGGGUAGCCAGAAGCUCUGUAAUAUAUACCCAACCCCGACAGUCUGUUGUGUCUAAUAUGUCGGGCGACUCACGAACGCCAACUGAUGUACUUCUGGAAAUGAAAAAUCGCCGAAUGACUCUAGGGUCGGACAGGAGAAUGAGCAUGAGACCUCGGAGAAAGUCUGUAAAUCCGAAAAUUGACCCUCCGCCUGGAAUGGAAUGCUUAGAUGGCAAAAGGUUUGUCUAUGUCCGACAGCAAAUGGAUUCUGAUAUACUAGCUGGUUGUGGAGCUCCAAAUACCUAUAAAGUUUGGGAUGAGAAUGAAGAAGAAUUGUUCUAUGCAUUAGAAGAGUCUAGCUGUAUAUGUCGUUGGGCCUGUGGACCAAAUCGUCAAUUUCGAUUGGAGUUUUUCUCUCCGCAAGAUGACCUAGUAUUUGCUUUACAUCGUACAUGCUGUCGAUGUGACUGGUGUUGUUGUCUAGAUUGCUUCAUGUGCGUACACAAGACAUAUGUUGUUGACUGUCUGGGAAGGACUCUUGGAUCUGUAAAACAGAGAUUUACUUGGAUGUGUAAAGAACGAUUUGACAUACUGGACGGAGACGGUAAUGUAGUGGCGCUGAUAAAAGGUCCAAACUGUGUGUGUCGAUGUUCUACUGAAGCAUCAUUUAAGAUCUACGACAAAACAGGAGAAGAUGUGAUUGGAAGCAUAAACAAGAAAUGGGAGGGAGAACGAGAUGACAACCUUAAUGUUGAUCACGAAUACUUUGAAAUACAUUUUCCAGAAAAAAUGGAUAAUAUUGAUAAGAUGCUGGUUCUUGGCGGAGCUUUUCUUAUUAAUUACAUGUAUUUUGAGAUGUCAUAAAGCCCUACAUCUAAACAUGCAACAGAAAAGACUACCACGACGUAAUUGAAACGGCUGAUAUCUUAUUUAUGUUGAAUUGAUUUUGUUACAAUUAAAUAAAAAUGACUUCAAUGCGCAGUGAAAAUUGUAAUAUUGUAUACAUAAUAUAACAAAUUAGAUUUCAUUCCACUUUA